CAUCAGGGCACUGAUGAUCAGUGCCCUGAUGAUCGGUGCCCAGCAGUGCCACCCACCAGUUCCGCCCACUUGUGCCCGGCAGUGCACCCACCUGUGCCCAGCAGUGCAACCACCUGUGCCCAGCAGUGCCCACCAGUGCCACCCAGCAGUACCACACGCCUGUGCCCAGCAGUGCCAUCCAGAAGUGUCACCUACCUGUGCCCAGCAGUGCCACCCACCUGGGCCCACCAGUGCCACCCACCAGUGUCCAUCAGUGCAGCCCAGCAGUGCUGCCAAACAGUGUCACCAGUCAGUGCCCAGCAGUUGUGCCAGUCAGUGCCCAGCGGUUGUGCCAGUCAGUGCCCAGCAUCAGUGCCACCUAUCAUUGCUGUCUAUCAGUACCCAUCAUCAGUGCCGCCUAUCAGUGCCACCUAUCAGUGCUGCCUAUCUGUGCCACCUCAUUAGUGCUGCCUAUCACUGCCCAUCAGUGCUGCCUAUCAGUGCCCAUCCG